CCGACACAGGCGACAACGACGACGAUGGACAGCGCAUAUGACCCGACGAUCAAUCGGGUCGAAGAGCAGCCGCCGAAACAGGCGGACACGAUGAGCAUCCCGGCAGCGGACAAGGCAGCUGCAGCGCAGGAAGAGGGCGAAGGUGUUGGGCAGCAGGGUGCUGAUCCUACGCUCGAGGAAGAGGUCAAGCAGCUGGUGGGAAGCGUGACGUCGUGGUGGUCCGGCUUCAGCAAAAAGUCUGCGGAGCAGAUCAACACGGCACGGGCGCAGAUCGAGAAGCAGGGUGGGCUGGUGUCGUAUGCGCGAAACGAGGCGGCUAAGCUCGAGGCGCAGCUGUCCGAGGUGCAGAAACAGGCGAGGGAAAAGGCGCAGGCGACGGGCGAGGUGGAUGUCGAUGUGGCUGACUGGGGCAUGGCUGGAGUCACCAUCUCGCCGCGGGCUAGCGAGAGCGAGGGCAGGGAUACGGACAAGGGAAAAGGCAAGGGCAAGGGCAAAGCGACAGAGGGCGACGAGGAGGAGGAAGACGACGAGGAGGAUGCAGCAGUCAAGGGUACACAGCCGCGGAAUCAGAAGAGAGCAGCCGCGACCAACGCCGACAAUGACCAGGGCGGUGAGGCCAUCUUUGACGCCGAGAACGACAUCGAUGAGGCCGGCGGAGCCAAGGGCGAUGCGACAAAGGAACUGACACCCGAGGAAAAGGCCCUCGAGGCGGCGCGACAAGGCACAAAGGUGGCACUGGCCAACAUGCAAUCGUUCUGGGAGCGCAUACAGACGAACCUCAACUCGGAUCCACGGAUCAAGGACAUCCAGAAGUCGCUUGCCAACACGCUACAGAGUGUCUCUGCGCCCGCUUCCCAAGCGGCUGGAGAAGGGAAAAAGGGACUGCCAGAACAACAGCAACAAGGAGGCCUCGCUUCGGCAGGCGAGGCGCUGCCUGCCCUGGCGCGGACAUUGCAGAGCCGUCUGCCGCACCUCGACUGGAAAGAGUCGCAGGCGCUGGCGAAGAAGUACUACGCCGAGUCGCAAUCCGCGGCAAAGGACUGGACGAGGGAAAUGGGCGACUUUGUGGGCGAGCUCGUCAAGAUUGUCCCGCCUGAAGAGGAGAAGCCCUCGACAGGCGAGACAAAGAACAAGCAAGAAGCUGAGCCAAAGAGCGCCGCCACCGCCGCUGCUGCCGCUGCUCUCUCCGACAAGGGCAAAGGCGGGGAUGACAAGAAGGCAGCAGCCGUGGACGAGAAGCUCGGAGAAGAGACCGACGAUGAUUUCGACUGGGACCGCGAGGCUGACCGUCUCGAGACGACCACGGGCCCACCGACAACGAGCUGGGGAGGAAGUGCCAGCGGAAGCGAGGAGCAGCUGGCCUCGGCGCACCACGGCACGGCGGCUGCCAGCAAGGAGCAACAGAGCAAAAAGGACGAUGACGACGAGGACGGAGACUCGGACUGGGAGUGAGAGAGUGGUGGAAGUACCUGCUCAUGAUGAGAGAGAGAGAGAGGAGUGUAUGCGUUCUGGAAUACAUUGGAGUAUCAUCUAGGGAAUCUCUAUUGCGUUGCCGUCU